AUGGAUAUAAGUAAUGAAACCGCUCCAUCAGAAUUCAUCCUUCUGGCUUUUUCACACCUUAAUGAAUGGCGUUUCCUUCUCCUAGUAUUUAUGCUCCUCACCUAUCUCCUUACACUGAUGGGGAAUGCUCUGAUCAUCUGCAUUAUCUCCUUGGAACCAAGUCUUCAAACACCCAUGUACUUCUUCCUAAGCAACCUUUCCCUCCUAGACCUCUGUCAAACUUCAACAACCAUCGCUCAGAUAAUAGUGCAUCUGAUCUCAGGACAAAAUAACAUCUCAUAUAAAAGAUGCAAGAUGCAAGUAUUUUUCUUUCUUUUAUUCAUUGGUACUGAGUCACUCCUGUUGGCUGUAAUGGCUUAUGAUCGUUAUGCUGCCAUCUGCAAUCCUCUCCGAUACCAUGUAGUCAUGAAUAAGAGAAUGUGUUCCUUGCUGGUGUCAACCUCAUGGUUCACAAGCUCACUCAAUGCCACUCUGCACACUGUUUUCACGUUCUACUUGUCCUUUUGUGGUGUCAAUGAGAUCAACUACUUCUACUGUGACAUCUCUCCUCUUCUAGCUAUCUCCUGUGGAGAACUCUUCAACAACAUCAUUGCCAUCUUGGCUGCUAGUCCUAUAAUGGGCUUUGGACCAGCCAUGUGUAUCCUCAUUUCCUACAUUCGCAUCAUCUGGAGGAUUCUGAAAAUGAACUCCUCAACUGGGAUGAAGAAAGCCUUUUCUACCUGUGCUUCGCAUCUCACUGUUGUCUUGCUCUUCUUUGGUAGUUGCAUUUUUAUGUACAUCAGACCCAUCUCCAACCACUCACUAAAUAAUGAUAUAAUGAUUGCCCUGUUUAAUAAUAUCCUUUCACCUAUGUUAAAUCCACUGAUCUACACACUGAGGAACAAAGAUGUGAAGGAGGCCCUCAAAAAGAUCUUAGUGAAGAAACUGUCAUUCUGA